UCACCGAAACGAUAUUUAUUUUGUGUUAUUGAUCAAACACUAUUAUUUGUAAAUUGUAAAUUAACAUUUGUAAAAACUAUUUACCUAUACCCCAGGUUCUAUGUGAUUCAAUAGAAUUUUUAUUAUACCAGACAUUGUUCUAAUUCAAAUCGGUAAAAAAAACAAUCUAUAUUAUGUCUUUAUAAAAUUCUGCAAUAAUGUUGAAGCCUUUUGAGAUCAUUCAUGAUCUAAUAAAAGUCAACCAGAGCGAUAACCGUCUACAGCUUCUUUGUUCAUAUUUUGAUAUAAUAAUGCUUGUAUUCUUGUUUUCAGUUUAACACCUUAAGUGAACAAUUAAGUCACUAGUUCCGUUCAAAGCGAUAAAACGAAAGAGAUUCAUAAAUAACAAUUUAAAAUGGAAAACUGUGCAAAGGUCCUCACAAAAGGAAUAAAUAAUGCAUUUGGAAAUCGGGAGCCAUGGCAAAUUAUGACGAUUACCGCAAUAAACGUUCUUACCACAGUUUGGCUUUGGAACUUCAUAAAUCAGGAUGAAAGUGUAUACAGACGUACAAAAAAGUAUUUCUUCCGUCUAUUAAAAAAACUACCAAUGGUUAAGGCACGCAUCCAAAAAGAAAUUGGUAGUACUCGUGAUGAAUUUCGAAAAGAUAUGGUCAAGAGAUGUGACGGACUCGUUUACUCCCACAAAUUACCUGAGAAAGGUUUUUCUAAAGAAGAAAUUUUUGCCUUAGUUGACCAACACAUACAAAAAGGUAACUACGAUUGGCAAGAUGGACGUGUUUCUGGGACUGUUUAUGGAUAUGACCCAGAUGUUGUUGACCUUAUAACAAAAGUGUAUGGAAAAGCAUCAUAUACAAAUCCCCUCCAUCCUGAUAUAUUUCCGGGGAUAUGUAAAAUGGAAGCCGAAGUUGUGAAAAUGAUAAGUACAUUAUUCAAUGGUGACGAAAAUACAUCUGGCACAAUGACUACAGGUGGUACUGAAUCAAUAUUAUUAGCAUGCAAAGCAUAUAGGGACUAUGCACGUGAAGUAAAGGGCAUUACUAAACCAAAUAUGAUUGUUCCAAAAAGCGCACAUGCUGCUUUCGAUAAAGCUGGACAGUUCCUGGGAAUCCACGUGCGUUCAAUAAAACUUAACCCAAAAACAACCGAAGUUGAUCUUACGGCCUUUAAAAAUGCAAUUAAUAGUAAUACUAUUAUGCUCGUUGGUUCCGCUCCAAAUUUUCCAUACGGAACAAUGGACGAUAUUGAAGAAAUUGGAAAGCUCGGAGCUUAUUACAAUAUACCAGUGCACGUAGAUGCAUGUCUUGGUAGUUUUGUCAUUGGUUACAUGAAAAAAGCUGGCUACUAUGUGAGACCCUUUGACUUCAGUGUCAAAGGAGUAACAAGUAUUUCAGUGGAUACUCAUAAGUAUGGAUUUGCUCCAAAAGGAUCUUCAGUCAUUAUAUAUACAGAGGAAAAGUUUCGUGAUCAUCAGUUUACCGUUACCACAGAUUGGCCAGGUGGUGUCUACGGAUCACCAACAGUCAAUGGAUCAAGAGCUGGUGGAAUCAUUGCAGCUUGUUGGGCUACAAUGAUGAUGUUCGGGGAAGAGGGAUAUUUAGAAGCAACCAAGCGUAUUUUAGAUACUUCACGUUUCAUUGAAGAUGGAUUGCGAAAAAUAAAAGGAAUACAUGUGAUUGGAAAGCCCGCAACAACUGUAAUUGCCAUAGGGUCAGAAGUUUUUGAAAUUUUUCGACUUUCCGACGCGCUUUCUAAAAUAGGAUGGAGUUUAAAUAUUUUACAAUUUCCUUCUGGUAUUCACAUUUGUGUAACGGAUAUGCAUACCAAAAACGGAGUGGCCGCUAAGUUUUUAGCUGAUACAGCUGCGAAUGUUGCGGAAAUUCUAAAAGAUCCUGGUCGACCAGUGGAAGGUAAAUUGGCAAUUUAUGGUGCUGCACAAACUAUAUCGGAUCGCAGUCUUGUUGGCGAUGUGACACGAAAUUUCCUUUCUGCUCCUUACUACAUUCCCGAAAAUUAAAGAGUAAAAAAAUGAUAGUGAUCAUUUGUGAUUCGAACUAAGCAUUUACAAACUGUUUUCAGAAAAAGAGAUGACUGCCAAGUUUUAUUUGUAUUAAAUUGUUGUUUGCAAAUCAUUUACACAAUGUUAUUUUUUUAAUUAAAUUUUUUGAAUAAAAACAGUAACAUAUCAAUGUACAUACAAA